AUGUCACAAGCAGCUGCAUCUGUCGAAGCCAGCAACCAAUCGAUAUACGUCGAAGUCACUGAUUGGCCUGAGCCGAUACACACGGUCCGCGUGAGGGAUCCCUUGCUGCAGCCUUGCGUACAGCGUCGUUUCCCACUAAACCUGUGCUCUUAUCUACUGGAAGUCUUUCGUUGUCUUCCUUCAAGGUAG